GCGCAUGCGCCUGGAAGGGACGAGGCGGUUGAGGAGUUCCUGUGGAGGGGCAGUUAACUCUCUGAGGGAAAUUGAGGAAUGAAGCUAGAAAAAGAUUAAGGCGAGCAUGUCAGUAAUCACAAUACAGCUUGGACAGUGCGGUAACCAGGUUGGUCGUGAGGUGUUCCAUGCAAUCUCCAAAGAUCUCCACAGCACACAUGGACUGUGUUCCAGAAAGGAAAAUGAUGCUUACCAGGCCGCCUCCAAAGAACGUUUUUUCAGUCAGGAGGAAACUGGAGUUCCAGCUGCUCGGGCAGUUCUUGUCGACAUGGAACCCAAAGUGAUUGGACAGACUUUAUCAAUGGCCUUGAAGUCUGGUAGCUGGAAAUAUGAUGAUCAAUCACACUUUUGUCAGAAACAAGGUUCAGGAAACAACUGGGCAAACGGUUACUGCGUUCAUGGUCCCAAACACAAGGAAGUGAUCAUGGAUCUGGUACAGAAGGAAGCCGAGAAGUGUGACCGACUGAGUGGAUUUCUGACACUCCUGAGCAUGGCUGGUGGGACGGGUUCAGGCCUGGGAGCCUUUGUGACCGAAAGCUUAAGGGACGCUUACCCAACUUUGUUUCUGCUGAAUCAUGUUAUCUGGCCCUAUGGAUUAGGGGAGGUUAUUGUUCAAAACUACAACUCAGUCCUGACCCUCUCACACCUGUACCAGACCUCAGAUGCACUCCUUGUUCACGAGAAUGAUGCCAUCCACAAGAUCUGUGCGCAGCUCAUGAACAUCAAGCAGAUAUCUUUCCAGGAUGUAAAUCAAGUCAUUGCACAUCAGCUAGGAAGCAUCUUCCAGCCAGCUUAUUCCUCUGACGGUGCCUCUCAGUACAGCAGAAGUCCUCUAGGAGACCUGAUGGAAGCGCUUGUUCCUCAUCCUGAGUUUAAAAUGUUGGGUCUCCGAAACAUUCCACAGAUGUCUGAAAACUCUCUUGCCUUCAGCACCUUUGCGUGGCCUGGACUCCUGAAACAUCUGAGACAGAUGCUCAUUGCUAAUGCCAAAAUGGAAGAAGGUAUCGAUUGGCAGGUGCGACCACCACUGCCUGGGCUGCCUCCGUCCCAGAAACAGUCUCUGAACAGGACAGCUCAUUUUAACACCUCCAUUGCUAAUCUGAUUACCCUUCGAGGAAAAGAUGUACAGACUGCAGAUUUAGGAGGUUUCAGAGACCCUGCUUUGUACACCUCAUGGCUAAGUGUUCAAGAUGCCCUGGCUGUCUGGAAGACUCCAAGAGCCUUUAACAAGUAUGAGAAAUCUGCGUCUUUGGUCAGCAACAGCCAGUUUUUACUGAAGCCCCUUGAUGGUGUUGUGGCAAAGGCUUGGAAAAUGUUUGCUUCCAAGGCUUAUGUUCAUCGGUACACCAAAUUUGGGAUAGAGGAGGAAGACUUUUUGGAUUGUUUCACCACUCUGGAGCAGGUUAUCGCCAGCUACAGCAGCCUUUGAUCUCCAACACAGUCUUGGACCAGUAUGGGACAAGCAUGGGCUGUGUAGGUCAGAUAGCCCAGAAGGGGAAAGGAAGGAGGAAGGGAGUUCAAAAUCCACAGCAGAGCAUUUGUGUGUGUCCAGAAGCACUGUGAAGCGAGGCUUCAAUGGAAGAGUCUUCGCUUUUCUCCAACCAAUGGUUCUCUGCCAUGCUUGCACUCACACAAGUUCCAGGGCCCCAAGGCCGCCCUGUUCAUUCUUACCCAGGAAGGAGAUCCAUCCAUCCAUUCUUCCUUUUGCAAGUAACAUACAUGCUCCAAAAGCUGGAGAGGAUCUAGGAAUCUGGAUGGAAGGCAGAAGCAGCUGCCUUAAGGCACAAGUAUAUAAAGUGCAUCGUUUGGGAACUGGAGCUGUCGCAAGCAUCUCUUACGCAAGUCAUGUUUUAUCCAUUUUGAGUAUAUAAUAAAUUUAUUUUUUUAGUAA